AUGUCUUGGUUUUUGACUAUAAUCAUUCUCACUUUCACUUUCAUUAAUCUUUCAGAGGCUAGGCAUGGGAAGAAGCUUCAAUCAGCAGUUCUUGUUGGCACUGUCUACUGUGACACAUGCUUCAAAAAGGAUUUCUCCAAGGCUAGCCAAUUCAUUUCAGGUGCAUCGGUUGCAGUAGAAUGUGGAGACACAAAUUCAAGGCAAAGUUUUCGCAGGGAAGCGAAAACAGACGAGCAUGGAGAAUUCAGUGUUCCCCUGCCUUUCUCAGUAAGCAAACAUGCCAAGAAAAUUAAGGGUUGUUCUGUGAAGUUAAUCAGCAGCAGCGAGCCGCAUUGCGCUGUGGCCUCAUUAUCAACCUCUUCUUUACUUUAUCUCAAGUCUAAAAGGCCUGAAACUCACAUUUUCUCAGCAGGGUCUCUCACAUUUAAGCCUUUGAAACAGCCAGACCACUGCAACCAAAAACCAAAAAAUCUCCAAAAUUCCCAGAAAAUCAAUUCCUUGAAGUCUUCAAUUCCAACUCCUGAUGAUCCACCAAUUCAGGAGCAUCCUCAAUAUCUUCCAGAACUACCAAGGCUUCCACCAUUGCCACCACUCCCUCCUCUGCCACCACUUCCUGGACUACCAUUCUUCCCACCAAACCCGUUGAAGACGCCACCUUCUGUACUUCCUCCAAUCUCUCUCUCUCCUCCAACUUCAACAUUUCCUCCAGUUUCUCUCUCUCCUCCACCUUCAACAUUUCCUCCAGUUUCUCUCUCUCCUCCACCUUCAACAUUUCCUCCAAUUUUUCUCUCUCCUCCACCAUCAACAUUUACUCCAAUUAAUUUCCCACCUAUAUCAGAUAUAACUCCAUCACCACCUCCACCACCUUCACCAGCCUUCCAAUUUCCUCUCCCUCCAUUCCCAUUUCAACCAUCACCUGGCUUCCCUGGAAGUCCACCAGCAACUUUUUCUCCUAAGAAAACCUCUCCUUAAAUAAACCAUGUUUGUCUUUUUAAUUCUUGUACUGAUCACAUGGGGCACGAUUGUUUGAAAGAAUAAUGGAAUUUGAUGUUAGUGGAACAUGUAAUGUGUCUGUUUUCGAUGAGAAUGGCAGGACAGAAUUUUCUUGUUUGUUGAAUAAAGCUGAAAUUGCAGGAAAUUCGAAACCUUAGUCAGAAAAACAAGGCAAUUCUCCAUGUAUUUCUUUUUUCCAGUCUCAAUAUUUGAAAAAAAAAUAAAAUAAAUUUGCAAGUCUUUCAUCCUAACUAUUGCAAUCACUUAAUGUAAUUAAGAGAUGG